CUGUGUAAACCAUCUCUGCAGCCAAGAUUCCCUUGAAGAAACUCUGUGUGUCCAAAUGUGUUCUUAAGGUUGUCCAUGAGGUCCAAAUGAUUUCUUAAGGUUGUCCAUGAGGUCCAAAUGUGUUCUUAAGGUUGUCCAUGAGGUCCAAAUGUGUUCUUAAGGUUGUCCAUGAGGUCCAAAUGAUUUCUUAAGGUUGUCCAUGAGGUCCAAAUGUGUUCUUAAGGUUGUCCAUGAGGUCCAAAUGUGUUCUUAAGGUUGUCCAUGAGGUCCAAAUGAUUUCUUAAGGUUGUCCAUGAGGUCCAAAUGUGUUUUUAAGGUGUCGCAGUGUUGUCAUGUGGUCAUGCAUGUCCAGUAUUUGCUCAAAGAUAAGAUAAGGUAUGAAUGAAUGUAAACUAAAUUGUUGCACGGGAUGGUGGGCGUGUCCAGGUGGGAGUGGUGUGGCUGGACUCCGCCCCUGACGAGAUAUUGGAAUUGCUACAUGUGCAGGUGCACACUUUGUCUCUCACACACACAUACACAUACACACACACACACACAUACGGCGUUCAUGGAGCUUGACAGCCUGGUGGCCAACGGGCAGCUUAUAAAAGCCAGAGAAGAUGGAGGCAUUAAAGGUCGAAGUUGGCGAUGGCAGGAGAUGCUCCGCUUCCCGAACAUCAGGCUCUGCUCCAACAUGGCCGCCAGCACGGUGCGGGACUACACCGACCUGUGCGUGGAGCAGCCCAUCGGCAGGAAACUCUUUGAGCUCUUCUGUCGGAGCCGCGGGGACCUCCAGAACCACGUGGAGCUCCACAAGGCUCUGGUGUCCUCUGGUCUUCAGGAUGACUUCAACACACAGUAUGAUGAGGACAGACGUUCGUUCGGAAUCGGCAUCGUUGAACGAUUCCUCUCUCAUAUGUCCAAACAGUUCAUCCCCGAGGUGUCCAAACACGGACCAAGCUGCAUGCAGCAACUGGAGGUGGAUCCUUGUGAAGAUGUCUUCAGAAACUGCCGGGAAGAUCUCCACUGGUACCUGAGUGGAGAACCUUUCCAUCAGUACCAGCAGAGCAUGUACUUCGACCGCUUCCUCCAGUGGAAGAUGUUGGAAAGGAGGCCCAUCACUAAGAACAUGUUCCGACAGUACCGAGUCUUGGGCAAAGGAGGCUUUGGAGAGGUGUGGGCGUGUCAAGUGCGGGCCACAGGGAUGAUGUACGCCUGUAAGAAGCUGGAGAAGACGCAUGUGAAGAAGAGGCGAUGUGAGGCCAUGGCGCUCAAUGAGAAGCAGAUUCUGGAGAGCGUGGACAGCCGCUUUGUGGUGAAUCUGGCGUACGCCUACGAGACCAAGCACACCUUGUGUCUGGUCCUGACCAUGAUGAGCGGCGGUGACUUGAAGUUUCAUAUUUACAACAUGGGUGUGCCCGGCUUGGACGCCCAACGGGUGCGCUUUUACGCCGCCGAGGUCUGCUGUGGCCUUAUGCACCUGCACGCCAAAUCCAUCCUUUACAGGGAUCUAAAACCCGACAACAUCCUCCUGGAUGAGCACGGACACGUCAGGAUCUCCGACCUGGGCCUGGCCGUCAGGCUUUCCGAGGGGACAAAGGUGAAAGGCCGCGCGGGCACCCUGGGAUACAUGGCUCCAGAGGUGAUCUCCUACGAGAACUUCGGUUUCAGCGCCGACUGGUGGGGCCUCGGCUGUCUCAUCUACGAAAUGACGGCGGGACACCCGCUGUUCCGGACGCGAGACAAGCCCUUCAAGAAAGUCCACCUGGAGAUGAAGAUCCUGACGCUAAAGGAGGAGUACGGCUACCGCUUCAGCCAGAGCGCUAUGGACAUCUGCUCCCAGCUGCUUGCCAAAGACCCAAACAUCAGGCUGGGAUGCAAGGAGGCGGGAGGUACAGAAGUCCAGUCGCAUCCCUUCUUCCAAGAAAUCAACUUCCGGAUGCUGGAGGCGGGGCUUGUCAAGCCUCCGUUUACGCCUAAUCCCAAGAUGGUGUACUGCAGCGACAUGCUGGACAUCGAUGAGUUCUCCACUGUGAGGGGGGUCACACUGGACUGCACAGACAAGCGCUUCUACGAGCAGUUCAACACGGGCAGCGUUCCCACAACGUGGCAGAACGAGAUGAUCCAGACAGGAUGCUUCAGGGAGCUCAACGUCUUUGGACCUGGCGGGAGUCGACCGCCAGACUUAACUCCAGACGGGUCCUCUCAUGGGACUGGGGGUCGAAGACGUAGCCUGCUCAAGAGAAUCGUGCGCAAAUUUGACAGUUCUAGGGAUGCACGGUAAUUAUCGAGCCGAUACGAGGGGAAUUAUGAUGGCUGAUAAUAUAAAAAUUAGCUCUGAUAACCCAUAAGUUAAAAAAAAACGCUCCAAUGAGGCAAGAUUAUCUGUACUGUGCGGGGGUGAGCAAAUCAAAUGCUCCUUUGUUCUCCUGCCUGUCGGAACUUCUCGAGUUCACUUGUAAACAAACUUUCACUUUCCCAGACAUUUUGCGUGCUAGUUGUAGCAGUUGUAAUGGGGGGGGGGGGGGGGGGGGGGUGAUAGGGGGCUCAUCAGCCGCAUUGCUACCACGUCCAGGGAUUGUUGUGCCGCGCCGUUGGAAAUGUGCAAAAGGUUUUCCAGACCGCCGUGGCGUCACACCGGCAGCUCUGAGUGUGUGCCCGAAUACAGUGCACCUUGCUGGGCCACAGGAGGUGUACCCCACCCCUCUGUACGCUGCUUCUCCUGGUAGUAGCUCUGAGCUAGUAGUCAUGUCGUCGCAUUUGAUCCGAAUUUCUUCCUGUUCUUAUCUCCAGGGGUGCACAAACUACACUUAUACCUCAUUCUUAAAAAAAGUUUACACAAAAAAGCCGCUUUAUCCGUAUCUUGAGAAAUUACCAUCUGUAUUGCUUUUGGGGGAAAAAAAAAUAUUUUAAACCUGUCCUGGACAACGAGGAACCCUGACCUCCAACGUCUUCAAGGCAGGAAUUAGGAAUUCUGUCCUGGUCCUGGAAGGCGGGAAAAGACAUCCUGCCAAAUGCCGUCCUGCCAGCUUCUUUUAGCUCCCAGUUGCAGCGAGUCAAUGACAUCGCUGCUGCUUUGUAAAUAAACUGUAGACAUUUUAGUAAGUCAAGAGUUGUUUGGUUUUUAAGGAAAACAACUUUAGUGGUGGUGUCGGUUUGACAAAGGUGCAAGCUAACCUCACGGGUAUAAGAAUGGCAUCUUUUUUAUUUGCGUCCAUUAAAAACGUUGAGUAGACGAAGGAGCCGUGAUUAGCUUGUCAUGGCAGGGGUGUCCAAAGUCAGUUUAAAAUAGAAUCAUACAUGAAAAUUAACAAAAAGAGUAGUCAUCUUACCAGAAAAAAAUGGAAAUAUUAAAAUAUUAAAAAAUAGAAAAAAUAUUUUCCCAAUUUCUGCAUUACUAGUAACACAACAAGGACUAAGGCUGCAAUUUGAGAAA